CAGACAAGGAUAAGUGGUGUGUGAAGACCAUUCAUAAUCAACACAAUUGUUUGACAACAAGGGUCGUUUCUUUGUACACAAUGAGUUCGAUUGCCAGAGAGAUCCAACCUAUGAUUGAAAGCAAUCCAGACAUGCCAAUUCAAGCAAUCCAAAGUCAACUGCUUCGGAAGCAUCAAUUUGAAAUAUCACUACAUAAGGUCUUUAGAGCCAAGAGGAUAGCAACUACGAAGAUCUAUGGUGAUUACCAAGAACAGUAUGGUCUGCUAAUGUCAUACUGUGAUGAACUUCUAAAAGCCAACCCAGGUAGUACAAUUAAAAUUGAUGUGGAGCCAUGUGGGAACUCAGCUAGUUCUACAAGGCAGUUUCGAAGGGUUUAUUUUUGUUUUGUCUCUAUGUUGAGAGGAUUUAAGAUGAUUGGAAGACCAUUGCUAGGUGUGGAUGGUUGUUUCAUGAAAGGUCCAUUUCCUGGACAGAUCUUGAGUGUUGUUAGUAUUGAUGGGAACAAUAGCAUAUAUCCAGUUUGUUAUGCCCUUGUUGAGGCAGAAACAACACAAACCUGGAAAUGGUUUUUGCAACUGUUGAGAGAUGACCUAGGGUGUACGGCUAACUCUUGUUUCACCUUCAUCAGUGACAAACAAAAGCUGUUUUUCCUAAUGGUGAGCACAGAUUUUGUUUGAGGCACAUUCAUGAGAACAUGAAAUCCAAGUGGCGUGGAGAUCUUUACAAGAAUUUGCUUUGGUCAGCCGGAAGGAAGACAUCUAUUCCAUACUUUGUUGCAUUAUUAGUUGUAAUUUUAGCAAAAAUGGUUGUACCCACUUGAUUUUUUUUGUCUUUAAUUUUUAUUUUGUCUUUAAUUAUUAUUUUACUUUUAAUCCAAAUACUUUAAUAAUUUUACAA